AUGUCCUCAGACCCGUACUGCGUUUGUGCAGUGCAAGGCAGGGGAAGUUCGACAUUCAAAACACCAACCGUCGCCAAUGACUUGAGCCCUAGAUGGGACGUUUGCGCGCGCAUCACCGAUUUUCACUACGGCGAUUCUUUGGGCUUCACAGUUUGGGACAAGGACUUUGGGAAAGCCGAUGAUGCGCUGGGACAGGUUUCGUUGCCCUCUGAGAAAAUCAUACCAUACGGAUUUGACGAGUGGCUCGUGUUGGCAGGAACAGGAUCGAAAGGUGUUGUCUCUAAAGCAGACGACAUCUCCAGCAUCAGAGUUUCGGUGAAAGUGUUGAGAAAGUUCCCUCAGGAGCAGACGAGACACGAGGAGCCCGUCGUGCAGCCUGUCCGAAACACCUCGAAAGAGGGCUCUCGCAGUCCUGGUCUUCACUCUCCAUAUUCGGCGAACUUCGAGAAGAAUGGAGACGAAGAAGCAGGGCAAGCUUUCAGGGAGGAGGAUUCGUCGAAGGAGAUUGCCGAACCCCCACGGACGCGAUUCCAGCGCCUGCAAGCCUUCUUCAUCUCGGAGAAGUUCGAGCUCUUUCUUGCAGGGCUUCUGUGCCUGAAUAUCUGCAGCAUGGCACUCGAACUGCAGUAUGAUGGCUGGGAGAUUGGCUAUUUGCUGGACUAUGGGUUCUACCAAAGCUCUAUCCAAGACAGAUUCGCUUGGGGAAACGAUUUCCUUUUCUACGUGGAUAUGGUGUUUUCCGUGAUAUUUACGAUCGAUGUCACUCUGCGGAUAUCAAUACUACAGGGGAUGUUCUGGAGGGGAGGAUUUUCCAAUUACAUUGACUUAUUGGUGGUAGUGUUGUCCUGGACUGUCUACGUGCUAGCAGAGAACUUCCCCAUCAAGCCAAUGAUUUUGCGCUUGAUCCGCUUUGGAAAGCUGGUGCGCGCGCUGAAGGUUGUGAGGAUCUCCCAGUCGCUGGAGUCCCUGGCGUUUCUCAUGUCUUGCCUGAGAGCCAGCGGAACCGUCCUCGUGUGGACCAUGUCAUUGCUUGCUUGUAUCCAGUGCAUCGCCGCACUCUUUGCCAGUAACAUGCUUCACUUCUUCCUGGUAGACGAGGACGUCGACGUGGAAGUCCGGAGGGCCGUUUUCCGGCAACUGGGCUGCAUGGACAUGCCGAGGUCGCGCGAACAGGCUUCCACUGUAGCUCAGUAG